CAGUGAGUUGUCAGUCCUGGAACGUCGCGCUGUGUCGGGCGUUGUGCUGCAAGUAAGUCGCUCCGCACAGAAGAGGACAAAGAGCUGCAAUGGACGGUGAUGUUGCAGUUGGUGUGAAGAGAGGCUCAGAUGAGCUCAGCAUGUACGGCAGCAGCCCAAACACUCUGACUGCAAACGGCAGUGACACUAAGAAACAGCGUCUGGACGAGUCGCCCCCGUCCAGAGUUCUCCACAUCAGGAAACUCCCCAACGAAGUAUCAGAGACCGAGGUCAUUGCACUGGGUCUGCCUUUUGGGAAGGUUACCAACAUACUGAUGUUGAAGGGGAAAAACCAGGCAUUUCUGGAGCUCAGUACAGAGGAAGCUGCCAUCACCAUGGUCAACUACUACUCAGCUGUUACACCUCAGGUCAGAAAUAGUCCCAUCUUCAUCCAGUACUCCAACCAUAAGGAACUGAAGACCGACUCUGCUCUAAACCAGAGAGCCCAGGCAGUACUGCAGGCUGUCUCUGCAGUGCAGGAUGGAAGUUCUCCAUCAUCGGACCCUGGCAUUCUGGACCUCACUCCACCUCCCAGCCCCGUGCUGCGUAUUAUAAUCGACAACAUGUUUUAUCCCGUGACUCUCGAUGUUCUGCAACAGAUAUUCAGUAAGUUUGGGACUGUAAUGAAGAUCAUCACCUUCACCAAGAACAACCAGUUCCAAGCACUUCUGCAGUUCAGUGACCCCACCAACGCCCAGCAGGCUAAAGUGUCUCUAGAUGGACAGAACAUAUAUAAUUCAUGCUGCACUCUGAGGAUCGAUUUCAGUAAGCUGGUGAAUCUUAACGUCAAGUACAACAAUGACAAGAGUCGAGACUACACCCGGCCUGAUCUGCCUACUGGAGAUGGAGAGUCCAACAAGGAUCAUUCAUUAUUGGGUACUCCAUCUGGAGCGCUGGCCUCGUACUCCAGUGCAGCAGGUUAUUCCUCAUCUCUCUCCCUCUCGCAGGGAGCAGGCGCCAUCAGUCCUUUGAGUGCCGCCGCCGCCGCAGCAGCCGCCGCAGGCCGUGUUGCUCUGUCAGGGUCCGGAGUGUCAGGAGUCCUGUUGGCGUCCAACCUGAAUGAAGAGAUGGUCACGCCUCAAAGUCUCUUUACCCUCUUCGGCGUCUAUGGUGAUGUGCAGCGGGUGAAGAUCCUCUACAACAAGAAGGACAGCGCCCUCAUCCAGCUGUCAGACGGCAACCAGGCUCAGCUGGCCAUGAGCCACCUGAAUGGUCAGAAGGUGUUUGGGAAGGUGAUGAGAGUGACUCUGUCCAAGCACCAAACUGUGGCUUUGCCCCGAGAAGGACUGGACGACCAGCUCCUGACUAAAGAUUUUUCUGGUUCCCCCCUGCAUCGCUUUAAGAAACCAGGCUCCAAAAACUUCCAGAACAUCUUUCCUCCUUCUGCGACACUUCAUCUCUCCAACAUCCGCGAGGGCAUCGGAGAAGAAGACCUGCGUCUCCUGUUCUCUAACAGCGAAGGUUCCGUCAAGGCCUUCAAGUUCUUCCAGGAUCGCAAGAUGGCUCUGAUCCAGAUGUCGUCAGUGGAGGAGGCCAUCCAGGUGCUCAUAGAUCUUCAUAACUACGACAUGGGCGGAAACCACCACCUCAAAGUCUCCUUCUCCAAGUCCACCAUCUAAAGGGGGCGUGCUCCUAGCCUCUGGUCAAAUACCUUUUGCUGGUAAGAACUGGACCACAGAAAUGUCAUUAGCACCUGCAAAAAGACUCCAAAGUCAGGGUCUGUUCAGUUCUUUCUGGACCUUCACCUUCCUGCCGGGUCAUGUCCACUCCAACAUGGAAACUUUUCACACUACACCUGGGCUGAUAUCAUCAAACUUGUAUCGUUGGGAGCUAGGACACGUGGGCUGAUAUCAGCACCAAUCAUCAAACUUGUAUCGCUAUGUGAGAAAAACAUUUGUUAUUAAACUUGCUAUUAGAGAAGACUA